GCUAACUAGUUGCCCCAUAUUAUGCCUGAAGGGACCUGAAACCGAAAGGCAGGCAGCUCGCUCCAGGCUUCCUCGUCAAACAAGCUGUUAUAUAUUCUCUCAGGUUCAUUAAAAUCCAUCUUCGACUGCCUCAAUCGGAAGAUUUUAAACAUUCACGCUGUUUGAGGCAGAUGCUUUCUUACUGGCUAAAGCUAACGGCUAUAACUGCUAUCCAGUCGCAGCUACAGAUGUUCUCGUGUACUCUGCGGGCAUUUAAAUUCAUUUUAAUUCGCUGGUGAUUUGAAAAACCGAGGCAGUUUGUUCUCAUCUGGCUAGUGGGAGUCAUUUUUGUAGUCCAUUUGCUGUUACUAGGGGCGCCAAUGAGUCAUGUCUGGCAUUGCUCUGAGUAGGCUGUCUCAGGAGCGCAAAGCCUGGAGGAAAGAUCACCCGUUUGGCUUUGUUGCUGUACCAACCAAGAACCCAGAUGGCACUAUGAAUCUGAUGAACUGGGAGUGUGCCAUCCCGGGAAAGAAAGGGACACUUUGGGAAGGAGGCUUGUACAAACUGAGAAUGCUCUUCAAGGAUGACUACCCAUCAUCCCCUCCUAAAUGUAAGUUUGAGCCUCCGAUUUUCCAUCCGAAUGUCUAUCCAUCAGGCACAGUCUGUCUGUCCAUACUGGAGGAGGAGAAGGACUGGAGACCAGCCAUCACCAUCAAACAGAUUUUACUGGGCAUCCAAGAGCUGCUGAAUGAACCCAACAUACAGGACCCAGCACAGGCUGAGGCUUACACCAUCUACUGUCAGAAUAGGAUGGACUACGAGAAGCGAGUGAGGGCUCAAGCCAAAAGAUUUGCUCCAGCAUAGAGCUUUGCCUCCACAGUCUACAGUUUGGACUCUGCAGCAAGAUGGAGCACAUCUGUGUUCUGCUCCUAGAAUUGGAACCAUGAAUAGAACAUCAAUCCUGAUUCUGUUUGAGAACUCUCAUUUUAUUGUGUAUCAAAAGGUUUGAGAACUUCUUAAGUGUAUGUUCUGGUUUUACAGUCUGAGUUGCGUUUGGAUUUCUUCGGUUUGGCUUUGGGAGAAGCCUGAAUAUGACCUGAAGUCAGUACACAAUACAGACUUUGAAGCUGUGUAAAUAAACGGUCUUCUACAACAGGGACUAGAUUGGAUAAACUUCAGAAGAAACAAUGUGGACGGCAGUGGUUUUAUUAUUUGGUUCAACAGCCACUGGUAAAGUUGCCAGUGGAUCAUAUCUUUAUUGGAUAGCACCAACAAACGUGGAAGGAGGAUUGGCUAUCGGCAGCUGGUCUUGUACAGUAUGUGUUUGGUUUUUUUUUGAUGGUUGACAUCAGCAUUUAAUUUGGGAAUUGUUUCAGAUCAGCUGUCAGUGGGCCACCAGUGGAAGAGAUAUCAAAGGAGUUUGUGUGUAAAUAUAUAAAUAUGGAGAUUUGUUUACUCUAAAGAUAUAUUAAAUGACAUGAAUAUACAUUUUGUGUGACUACAAUAAAUAUGACAAAUGUAUGAGUUGUAAAAUGUAUUAAUCUUUUUUUUAUUAUUUAAGGGAAGCAGUAUCAAUGAAUGAUACUGAUUUUAUGGUUAUGGAUUAAGCCUAGGCUUGGAUUAAAUUGUGAUGUCAGUGGUAUGAAUUCUCAUUAUGUGGAAAUCACAAUUUAAAAAGAGUGCAAUCUUCGUUAUAGCGUACAUUAUCAUCAGUGUUGCCUUGACAAGCUAUAAUUGGGGAAAUUGUACUUAAAAACGCUGAGCUUGGCAAAAAACAAGCCCGUACCUUCAUUUGUAGAAAAACAAUUACAUGUUUAAUUGCUGUCACCAUGUUAGUCGGAAAGACUCUAGUCAGAUAUUUUACCCCAAGUUGUUCAGCCCUAGUUUAAUCAUGAAAAAUCUCAUUUAAUCCUGGUUUAGGCUUAAUCUGGGUCUGGCAGAUCAACCCUAUACAUAAUAAAUGCAUUGUUUUGAGCUUUCUUGAUCUCAAAACAAUAUGUAAUGUAUUUAUUUUUAAUGUUUUCAUUUUAGAGUGUGUUUGCCAUGAAUAUAAUUUGUGCCAUAAAUAUCAAUUGUGUGACCUGAAUAAAUAUGACAUAUUGACUUGUAAAACUUUGAAAUUCAGUGUGAGGUUAAAGAACAGAAACUCAUCAUCCACGUAUUGUGACAUCAUUCUGUUGACCUGUACACUGUCUAUUAUUACAUUAUUCUGCCACUAUGACAUCACUGGAUGUGAGCAUGCUUUAGGUGCUUUAGAAAUCCUAUCAUUUAUUCAUGUGGAGCUCAUCUGCAGGUAAAGUUUCAGCAGACAAACACAAACUGCUGCCACCUCGCUAGAGACUAGGGUGAGUAAUUCCUUCUUAAGUUAUUUGUUUACAUUUUCAGAUUCAGAUUAAACUUUUAUAGUUAUGAUUUCUUACAGUUUUUUCCUCUCUCGUAGUCAGCAUCGUGGCUAGGCCCUGGGUAUGGGGUUACUGCCCUGAGAAUUUUUAAGAGCAAAUUUGCAUCAAGAGGUGAAUUUUGAGCAGAAACCAUUCAGAAUGUAGCCACAAUUUCACUGCCCCAAACUUGAUUUUGAACUUUCUAAUCAAAAACAAUAAAGAAUAUUGCUGGCUGUU